UAACAAUAAACUGUCUGGGAACAGAAAGCGUUUAUUUCUCGGUAUUUGAGCGCUCCACCACAGGGAAAAAAAAAUCCGCAAGUCCAUUUUAGAUCGAUCUUUACGCUCAUUCAUCGGAUCUAAAGCUGCUCCCUGACGUAACUUACAUUUGUUUAUUUAUUUACCUCGCAGCGACAUCGAGACUACAUUUUCUUGUGGCUCCUAAUAUGAGCGCUUCGGUGCCGCGCAGUCACCAGGGGGCAUGCACAUAGUAAUAAUAACAAUAAUAAUGCAUUUGAGGAAAGCCUGCUACGACGAGCCUCCAUCGUUUCUAGCUCCCCGCACAAACGCCAGCCCGGCCGCGGCGUGAUGGAGCUGUGCGCUUAGGUUCAUGUGUCCGGCGGGACUGCCCCUGGCUUUUUUUCUGGGGAAGAUCAUAUUGGAUCAUAUUGUUUGCAGGACGUUGUUCCUCCUGCAGCCCCCCCAGUCUAUCCCGACGUAGUUGUGAAUUGAACAUGGCGACUGUACCAGUAUAUUGCAUCUGCAGAUUACCUUACGACGUGACCCAGUUUAUGAUCGAGUGCGAUGCUUGCAAGGACUGGUUCCACGGCAGCUGCGUCGAUGUUGAUGAAGACGAUGCUCCAGACAUCGACAUUUAUCACUGUCCAAACUGCGAGAAGACCCACGGCAAAUCCACACUGAAAAAGAAAAAGAACUGGAGCAAACAUGACACAGGCCAAAGCACAGAUAUCAAAGCUGUUCAGAACGGCAGUCAGGUCUUCAUCAAGGAGCUCCGCAGCAGAACGUUUCCGAGUGCUGAUGACAUAGUGGUGAAGCUCAGUGGCAGUCAGCUGUCCAUGGAUUACCUGGAGGAGAACGGCUUCAACGAACCAAUCCUGGUUCAGAAGAAAGACGGUUUGGGCAUGUCCAUGCCCGCCCCCACCUUCUACAUCAGUGAUGUGGAGAACUAUGUUGGUCCCGACGUCAGCGUGGAUGUGGUGGAUGUCACGAAGCAGACAGACAGCAAGAUGAAGCUCAAAGAGUUUGUCGACUAUUACUACAGCACAAACAGAAAGAAAGUAUUAAACAUCAUCAACCUGGAGUUCUCUGACACGAGGAUGAGCAGCAUAGUGGAGAGUCCACAGAUUGUGCGGCGGUUAUCUUGGGUAGAAAACUACUGGCCCGAUGACGCUCUGCUCGGGAAGCCAAAAGUCACCAAAUACUGUCUAAUCUGUGUCAAAGACAGCUACACAGACUUCCACAUCGAGUGCGGUGGCGCCUCUGUCUGGUACCACGUUCUCAAGGGAGAAAAGAUCUUCUUCCUCAUUAAGCCCACCUCGGCCAACCUGUCUCUGUACGAGCGCUGGAGGUCGUCGUCCAAUCACAGCGAAAUGUUCUUUGCUGACCAGGUGGACAAGUGUUACAAAUGCACAUUGAAGCAAGGCCAGUCCCUGUUCAUCCCAUCAGGUUGGAUCAAUGCAAUACUGACACCUGUCGACUGUCUGGCGUUUUCUGGACACUUUGUCCACAACCUCAGUGUGGAGAUGCAGAUGAGGGCAUAUGAAAUUGAAAAACGGCUAAAGGUCAAAACUCUCACUCCUUUCCCCAACUUUGAGACGGCGUGCUGGUAUGUGGGGCGACACCUCCUCGAACGAUUCAAAGGUUUACAUAAAGCGAAUAAGCAGCCAGCUCCAUACCUGAUACACGGUGCCAAAAUCAUCAAUGGAGCCUUUAGAGCCUGGACUAAAAAGCAGGCUCUCCUGGAACAUGAAGAUGAGCUUCCAGAGAACAUGAAGCCAUCACAACUCAUUAAGGAUCUUGCCAAAGAGAUCAGAUUGUCAGAGAACACAACAAAAGCCAUUAAAAGCGAAGCUCCAAUUAAGGUACCAGUUGAGGAACCGUUGUCCACCCAGUCCGAGCCUGAAGAAGCCGUUUCUCCAGCACAUGUCCCCUCACCCAGCAGAGAGAAGUCCAGAAAGAAAAGCUCAAAACCCCCUAAACCCCCUAAACCCCCCAAGCCUCCCAAACCUUCAAAGACGCCCAAGCCUUCAAAGGUGCCAAAGGUCAAGGAAGGAGGAAAGAAGAAAGCAAAGUCAGCAAAGGAGUCAUCACCACCUCCUAAACCCUCCAGUUUUGCUGCGCUGGAGUCCCAUGCAAAGGACAUUUUGAGUAAAAUGGACCAGCCAAAAAAGCCCAAGGCUGUUAAGAAUGUCCUGAGCAUGUCUGAGAAGGAAAUGUCAAAGCAGAACAAUGUGGAAAAGUUUGAUAUCAGAGAGCAGAAUAAAAACAAGACUGAAGCGAAAUGGAAGUACAAGAAUAGUAAACCCGAUUCCCUGCUGAAGAUGGAGGAGGAAUGCAAGUUUGACAGAACACUGCUGUCAAGCAAUAAAGACAGAUUCAGCUUUACUAUGUCUCACAGGAAACUGCUGAGCUCCAAGACCCUGAAACCUCAGACCAACUCAAGUGUUUUUGGAUCAUUACAAAACCUAAAAGAGGACAAAACCAAGCCAGUGAUAGACGAGUAUGAGUACGUCUCAGAUGAAGGCGAGCUGAAGAUUGACGAAUUCCCCAUCAGGCGGAAAAAGAACACGGUUAAGAGAGAUCUUUCCUUUUUAUCAGACAUCAGAGAACCUAUUCAGCCAGCCAAAAAAACAAAGUUUCAACCCUCGGUGACUAAGAGCACAGACUCCUCAGAUGAAGAGACGCUGCACAUAGACACGGAGGCCAAGCCGGAGGUCAAAAGUCGCAAUUCCAAGGUGAAGAAAAAGAGCGGCAGCGCCGCAGGAAUUCUGGACCUGCUGCAGGCCAGCAAGCAAGUGGGUGGCAUCGACUACGGCACCAACAGUCAGCCACCUGCAUCUCCCAGCACACAGGAGGCCAUUCAGGGCAUGCUGUCCAUGGCCAACCUGUCGUCUUCAGAGAGCUUGCAGCAGCCGUGGAGCAACAGCCAGGCCAAAAACAACGGCCAGUCGAAGAACAACUCGCACAGCUCGCAGGCCGGCAAGAAGGCCGGCAGAGGAGGAGGCGGAAACAACAGCAAGCGGUCGACUAAACGUCUCCCAAAGAAACCCAGGAAGAGCAGCAGUAUUGAGAGUCUAGAUUAUGACGACGACCAAGAUCACAUGGAUGCGUGUUUCAAGGACUCGGAUUACGUUUACCCGUCGCUGGAGUCCGAAGAGGAUAAUCCUGUGUUCAAAUCGAGAUCAAAGAAACGGAAAAGCAGCGACGACACUCCGUACAGCCCCACAGCCCGCGUAGGACCAUCAGUUCCCCGACACGAGCGGCCAGCCAGAGAUGGAGCCCGGGUGGCGUCCAUAGAAACAGGCCUGGCUGCGGCUGCAGCGAAGCUUUCCCACCAGGAGGAACAACAAAAAACCAAGAAGAAGAAGAAAAGCACCAAAAAGAAGGCGCUAGUAAUAGAGGAGCCCCCGAAAAUCUCUCAGGACAGUAGCUCGCCGGAGCACAAUCUGGACUCCCAGGACGGCAGCCUGACAGACCACGAGUUCAACACUGGAACGGUCAAGUCACCGGGAGGGCCGCAGCCCAUGGCGCCGGGGGUCUUCCUCAGCCAGAGACGGCUGUCCAUGUCCUCCCCCAACAGCACCAACUCCACAAGCACCAACAGCAGCGGCAUGGCGAAGGGUGACCGUGUGGGCUCAGCAGACGCCAAAGCUAAGCGGCUAAAGAAAGGCAUGGCAACAGCCAAACAGAGACUUGGAAAGAUUUUAAAGAUCCAUCGAAAUGGAAAGCUCCUUCUGUAGCAUGCAGCGGACUGUCGUAGGACUGGGAAUUCACGAGCUGGGUCCCAUCCCAACCUCACCCCCUCCGUUCACCGAUUAAAGCCAACGACGUGGAAAAGAGAUAAAAGACUGAAACGAGAUGGGAGAAGAAGAAAAUCAUGCAUUUUUGAAUUUCUAAGAAGAACAUCAGUCAAAUAGGUUUUUGCCUCUACUUAUACUUUAUAACUUUCAGAUAUUAAAAGUGUACAGAACCUACUAUAAAUAUUUUUUAAGAGAACGUGUCUCAUUUUACUACAGCUGUGAGUUUAUCAGGGGUU